CUCUCCCUCCCUCCCCUAUGCUGUCUCUCUCUCUCUCUCCUCCCUCCCCUGUAGAUGCUGUCCCCUCCUCUCUCUGUUUUCUUUUAAUGCAAAUUGAGGCUGGAUCCCAGGAUCCCAUUAAAGAUGGUGCAUUCUGCUUGCUCCCCAGAAUAUGCCCCCCGCCCCAUCCUUGGUGCCAGAUAUUCCGCAAUACCCAUUUGACAUCCUCGGAUCAUUCGUGAAGUUGUUCGGUGUGUGGCUAUGCUCUUUCCCCAGCAGACCAGGUACAAGGUACAUCCCUUGUUCCUUAUUAAAAUGGACCUGUUUGGAUUACCAUUUACACAAAGGUACACAAUGUAAUGAAGGAUCGUUGCACAUUUUACUGAAUAAAAAGUUCUGUGGAUACUACAGACGCCGCCAGUGUGUUGGACUCCAGGUCCUAAAAUGGAUAGCACCCAAACCAGUUAUGCAGGUCAAACAUUCUUCAAAGAUUUGGGCUGCCAGGGGAGGAGGCAGAGUGUGGUUAGGGGAAUAUUAAACCAGGACUUGAGAAAAUCCUACCAACUGCAUGGCCAGCUUUCCCCAAAUAUGAAUGAGAAAACCUGCACGGUUGUUCUGACCAGGCUGGAGGAUGUAACUGGUUCGCGUGUUCGGGAAGGACCCGGUGGCACUUCACCAAGCAUAUCGUGCUGGGUGGACGAUUUUGGAACUUUAAAAGUUCAUACUGGGCUUCCCACAGAAAGUCGAAGGGUUUGUUCAAAGGACAAGAGGUUCCUGGGGGUCUCUGCACAGGCAGAGCCUACAAAGGAGUUUCCUGAACCACGGAAAAGGAGGCUAGCUUCUCUCAAUGCAGAAGCAGUAAAUAAUUUAUUGUUUGAAAGAGCAGACAGUUUUUCUGCCCGAAAAGUUCGUAAAGACUUUAGUAAGGGUGGAGACAAUUGCAAGUCAGAGGCAGGUUGGACUUCAUUGAAAAAGCCAGAUUGCCAACUCAUUGGCAAAAAGAGCAGACAGAGAUGCCUCGUCGAACAUCGGUCACCGGGACAUGUAUUUGAUGACGUAAAGAGGGAGAGUGUUGAAGUGGCUUACCCUCCUGCUCCAAAGAGGCUGGCAAGUUUAAAUGCCGUGGCAUUUUUAAAACUUACCAAUGAGAAAGAUCAUCCUCUGAAACAGAGGAGUAAAUCGGAUGUAGACUGCAACCGUUCUAUUAACCAUUGCUCAAAGCCCAAGCUGAAAUCCACGAGGUCCCACAAAAAGAACUGCGUAAAGUCUAAAAAGGAAACAUUGCACAGGAAAAUCGAGGGCUACCAUGGAUGGCAAGGUGGACCUGAAGGCGGAUUUAGAAAACCAGAGCAUCGAGACUCUUCUAGGUUACUAGGGAAAAGGGAGGUUGUUCACAUGGAACAGUCUUCCAACUACCAUGAUGGCUCAGAGCCUUUGUACCACAGACUGCCUUUACUUAUGGGAGGGCAAGCUUCAAUGAAGCCUGAAUAUGGAAGACCAGGUGAAAAGUCUCCCACUCCUAAGCAGGACUUCCAACAGCCUUCCUUCCCAGUGCAGCAGCAUCAUCAUUUACCCGUUCCAGGCAGUCCAACAGAUUGUAUCUGCCUCUAUGACACCUCUGACCUAAAUCCUCUGGAUGGGACGUAUAUUUCAUAUGGCCAAAGUGGAUUACCGUACAACGGAUACUCUGAUUUCUCAAUGUGCCCAAAAGAUAAGGUGUUUUCUCAGCCAGUUCCCUGCGAGGAUCUACUGGUAUCGCAGAGUGCUUUACCUCCCACGGCAACAUCGGAGCAUCUUCCGUGGUGCAGCUCUCGCUAUGCAUUAGGAGAAGACACUGGCACAAACACAGACAGUCUUUGUGGUGUGAUAAGGCUGCCGCUAGCGAGAGUCAGUAACACCCAUAAAGGACAUAGUAGCUAUCCAUACAAAAAGCCUUUUACAGCAGAAGGGUACAAAUCUCUAGACCAGCUCAGCUUAACAAUCCCCACGGCAGGUCAACCUGUAUCCCCUGCCCACCCACUCUCAGGAUGUCCCAUUCCCAGUGUCCCCCCUGCUGCCGAGCCUGUCCCUUACCUGCAAACCCCCAACUCAGAACCUCAGACCUUGGCUAUGCUGAAGACUGCACGGGAAUGUCCUCAAAGCUCCAAACCACCAAGUGGCUCCAAGUCGGGAGUCAGGAAUACAUCUGGCUGCAUCCACACCUCCGACAACAAAACUAGCAAAGGCCACAGCCAUCCCAAGCAGCAGAGAAUAAGCAGGAGGAGAGCCACGAAUGGAUGGACGCCCCUUGGAACAGCCUGUGAAAAAGCAGUUUAUGUUGUUAACGAGCCGGAGCCAGCACUGCGUAGAAGUUACCAAGCCGUGGAGCGUAAUGGUGAGAUUAUCCGCGUCAGAGACACUGUCCUGCUAAAAUCUGGUCCCAGGAAAAAAUCCAUGCCGUACGUGGCCAAGAUCUCUGCUUUAUGGGAAGACCCCAAAACAGGUGAGCUGAUGAUGAGUCUAUUCUGGUACUAUCGGCCGGAGCACACUCAGGGAGGACGCAAUCCCAGUAUGCACCAGAACGAAAUCUUCGCCUCCCGACAUCAAGAUGAGAACAGUAUUGCCUGCAUUGAGGAGAAGUGCUAUGUCCUGACAUUUGCAGAGUACUGCAGAUUUUGUGCCUUGGUAAAGCGACGAGGAGAGGGUUGCCUGAACAGGAAAGCCUUGAUUGUCCCUCCCUCGGCAGAGUAUUGCACCCCUGUACAUCGGAGGGUCCCAGACAGCACAGACGCAGAGCUCGUGUUCCUGUGUCGGCAUGUGUACGAUUUUAGACACGGCCGUAUCCUGAAGAACCCACAGUAGCUGCACGUCAGAGAGAAACACAGACUGGUGCACUCGGGACUUGGAACGUCUCCCAUGAACUCUUCCUGCACAAAGGGAGCUGGAAAGCGCUUGAUGUAGCCUCUAGGCUCUGGAUUCAGGAACAGACACUGGUUUAAGCAGUUUGAAAGCACAGCACUUCGUUAGAGAUGACCAUAAAUUAAGAGAAAAAAUAUAUAUAACAUAUAAAUAUAUAUAUAUAUAUACAUAUAUAAAUCUAUAUAUUGGGGGAAAAAAGCCAGUGGAUCAUGUCAGGAACCAUGAUUGCAAGGUUUUGUGUAGGGAUGUGUUAGUGCAUGAUUGGGCCACGCUCGGUUCAAAUGCCUUAAUAUGUCACACAGGUCCCUGUCACACCCGCAGGAGGCACACUUCUGGCAGUCUUGACAGGCUCGCUUUACACUUCCCCCCCCCCCCUCCCACAUGGAACCGAGUGAAUUGUCCUAUAAUUUAAAAAAAGUCUAUUUAGUUUCAAAUGAAUUUGAGGAUGCUCCCCAGUUAUAUUAAAUUUACCAUCAAAUGGACAGAACGUGUCAUUACUCCUUGUCAGAGGAGCCAUACAGCGUGUUUUUUUUUUUUUUUAUUUGAAAGAUAUUCCAAAUUUAAUAUUUCUAUGUGUUAACUAGUUGUUUUUUUGGUUUUUUUGGUUAGCCUUUAGUCAAAUUCCUUUUUAAGAAAGUGUCUUUGAUUUAUAACUAUUUUUAAGAAAAUAGUCUGAAAUGUUUUGCAAACAAUGUGUGCAGACUCACGCCGCUGAUCGGACGUUACUUACUGAGACCAUGUUAGUACAGAGGAGGGCAAGAUGCAGAGCUUAUACCUGCUUCAGGGUAAAACAGAUUUUAUUCAUUUGUUUGGACUGGCUUUGUUUUGUAACAAAACAUUAGAUUUAGGAAUUUGUCAUGAAUUGUCCCCUAAUUUCCACUAACUGCCCAAAUCCACAGCCACCAAAGUGACUAAUGACAAGCUUGCGUUCGGAGGAACUCUUGCUACCUGAUUACUCUAAAUAAUUGCCAUUUGCCUUAUAGUACAAAAAUCUAUCUAUUCACUUUAUCAGACUAUUCGAAUCACGAAAA